UUAUUUUUUAGUGUUGCUGAACAUACGACGAUCGUUAAGUAAACUUUUAAAAUUUAAACGUUGUUUAGACUCGGCAGAAUAUACUUCGCGCUUUACAAAUAUAAUGGAUAGUUUACGAUGCGGUUGUGUAUUGGCGGUUUAUUGAAACACAAUAUUGGUUUCAUCCAAUAAGACUUUUGUAGUGAAAUUCAGAAUAAUUUCAAAGACCAAUUUUAUAAGUGAAUUUUCAUUUAAUUUCGAAAUAUUAUAAAGUCAACGUGAUGUCUAUACAAGAGCGGAUCAUCAGUGAACAGUUUUUCGUUACAUUUAUAAUAAAUUAGAUGUGGACCAUAUGAAGUGAAUUGUUUAAAACAAUCUGCAUUUAAAGCUACAGACAGUUGGAUAAUCAUUACCAAUUCUUAAUUCAAGAUUUGUGAAACGAAAAAUUGCUGAAGCUCAAGAAUGUCGGUGUGGACCACUGGCACGUCUGGUCUAGAAACCGUCUUAGCCACACUUGGAACAAGUAUUCAAUCUAAAGGAUCGCAGUCAAGUUCCAUUGUUUCCACACAACCUGGACACAAUUUAUUUGGCGGCAGUACACACUUAGGACAUCAUACUUAUAUAAAUCCGACAGCACCACAAUUUGUUUACAAACCCAGUUCAGGAGCAGGUUAUCAGCAGAAGAGACGAUCAGGAGCCAGCAGUAUGUCACAAUCCGGUGAAGAUUUACAUUCCCCCAGCUAUUUGUCAUGGAGAAAAUUGCAGCUGAGUCGGGCCAAAUUGAAAGCAUCAAGCAAAACAUCGGCUUUGUUAUCAGGAUUUGCCAUGGUAGCAAUGGUUGAAGUACAAUUGAACAAUGACACACAGGUGCCACCGGGCAUGUUAAUAGCAUUCGCCAUUUGCACAACAUUGCUCGUAGCCGUCCAUAUGUUAGCGCUUAUGAUAAGUACCUGCAUACUGCCGAAUAUCGAAACGGUGUGUAAUCUCCACAGCAUUUCAUUGGUUCACGAAUCUCCGCACGAACGACUACACUGGUACAUAGAAACUGCAUGGGCAUUUUCAACACUCUUGGGAUUGAUAUUGUUUUUGUUAGAGAUAGCCAUUUUAUGUUGGGUUAAAUUUUACGAUUUAAGCAAAGAGGCUGCAUGGUCAGCAUGUAUAGUGCUGAUACCAGUAUUAAUUGUGUUUUUGGCAUUUGCCAUUCAUUUCUAUCGCUCGUUGGUGACACACAAAUAUGAAGUGACGGUGUCCGGUAUAAGAGAAUUGGAAAUAUUAAAGGAACAAAUGGAACACGAUCAUAUGGAACAUCAUAACCUUAACUCACAUCAUCGGAAUGGUAUGAAUUUUUCGGGCAGUGAAAUUGUGUAACCGAAUCGAAUUGUAAUGAAUUAAAUGCAAAUUUGUUUUUGUUCCCUUGACACCAUAUUAUACGUUGUCUUAACAAUCUUAAUAAUGUGAUCUUAAAAGAAAAAGUGGAUGAAUUUUUAAUGAUUUUUUUUUAAAUCAACCACUUAAUGGCGGAUACGUUUACUUCAUAUUUGUACAAUUUAUUUAUUUUUAUAAUUAAUUUUAUCUCUUUGUUUCUCUUAAUUGAUAUAAAAAAAACGAUAAGAACGAUCUAUGUACUCUAAUAUUGCAUUGUUGAUGAGAAAGGUAAAAAAUGAUUAUUUUCAUAAGAAGCAAUUUAUUGAGACAAUACAAUGUAACAUAAACAUAAUAAUUAAUAUAAAAAUAUUUCUUAAUGAAAAAAAUUCCAAUUAACUAGAUAAAAUAAACAAAAAAAAUGAAUUCAACUGA